AUGUCUUCGGCAAAACCUCAGGUAAAACUGCCCGUCGCAGUCAACAAGCCUACGCCCUACUCAUUCGAUCUCGCUCUGCUUCUUGCCAAUGACCCGAAUCCAGUAGAGCUCGACAAAACGGAUCUUGAGGGCUCGCUGUCGAGCCUGGCCCGGGAUGGCGCGCAGGCGCUCAUCAACCAGCUCCUGACGACGUGCCCGAUCCAGUCCACCCCCUCGGGCGUGCUGCUGUCGCUGCCCGCGCAGCAGACGGCCCUGCCUCGCGAGAAGCCCGUGCCGGCCGCCAAGGAGCCAACCAAGUGGGAGCGGUUCGCCGCCAAGAAGGGCAUCAAGCCCAAGACGAGGGAGCAGCGCCGCAAUAUCCAGUACAACGAGGAGAAAGGCGAGUGGGAACGCAAGUGGGGCUACAAGGGCGCCAACAAGCAGCUCGAGAAGGACUGGCUCGUCGAGGUCGACCCGGCAAAGGAGGCUAAGCUCAAGGAGGGCGAGACCCUCAGGGGACAGUCGAGAAGGGAAAGGGUCGAGCGCCAGAAGAGGAACGAGAGGAAGAUGCGCAAGAACGAGCGGGAGGCGGCCAGGAAGUGA